AUGGAUGUGAGUGCCUCCUCGGGAGGCACAGGCUCGAGGCUUGCGCGCGCAGUGGUCAUCGUCUCCGGUGUGGCUUCUCUGGUGGCCACAUUACUGUCUCUCGUGUCGAUAUGGCUUCAAACGUACGUUCAGAGGCUGCCAUUUACGCAGACAUCCAUUGACGGUAUUGCCCAGGAAAAACUACCGGAAACCCUUACUCCAACGCUACGUUGUGCGGCUGUUGUUGAUGUGGGUGACUGGACUACCGGUGCCGGAUCAGAGUGGGAGCAGCUGACGGUCGCUAGGGUUCCGAUAUACGCAGCAUCGUCGUGGGCGAGUAUUGUUUCGCUGCAGGCUUCACUUUGGCUGGACCCGAUUCGUGAUGUCUACGAGGCAUGGCUUCCCGUCCAACUGCGCGGGCUUAUAUCUGACCUGAUGCAGGCUUUUACCAUCUACACCUUCUUCCAACUGCUUAUCAACUUCCUCGGCGGAGAACGAGCCCUAAUUAUCAUGACCCACGGGAGACCGCCUGUCCAGCAUGCUUGGCCGCUUAAUCACUGUCUUCCCAAGGUCGACAUCUCCGACCCUCACACGUUCUUAGCGAUCAAGCGGGGCAUCCUGCAAUACACGUGGUUGAAACCCAUCCUGGCAAUCAUCUCAAUAAUCAUGAAGGCUACGGACACUUUCCAAGAGGGUUAUCUGGGGCUGACAUCCGGGUACCUCUGGACCGGAAUCGUGUACAAUAUCAGCGUCACCGUGAGCCUGUAUUCCCUGGCCUUGUUCUGGGUCUGCAUGCACGAGGACCUGAAGCCGUUCCGCCCCGUUCCCAAGUUCCUCUGCAUCAAACUCAUCAUCUUCGCGUCGUACUGGCAGGGGUUCUUCCUGUCGAUCCUACAGUGGUUGGGUGCGAUCCCCAACGGAGUUGCAGGUUACACACCCGACAAUCUAGCUGCUGCUAUACAAGACAGCUUGAUCUGUUUCGAGAUGCCUGUCUUUGCAAUUGCCCAUUGGUACGCCUUCUCGUGGCACGAUUAUGCGGAUGCCAGGAUAUCGGCGGCCCGAAUGCCGGUCAAAUACGCCAUCCGAGACGCAUUUGGGGUGCGGGAUCUCAUCGAAGACACCAAGCAGACCCUCCGGCGCGAGAACUACGGAUAUCGGCUAUUCGAUUCCGGAGAUCACAUCAUCGCGCAUGAGGAGUCCAGCUCCCGGGUAAGGAGAGUGAUGGAGGGAAUGAGGUACGAACGAGGAGGAAAGGGGAAGUACUGGAUUCCUAAACCCGGCGAAAUCAACAGCCGGACGCCGUUGUUGGCUGGCGCGGGGACCCGCAACGGAUCGCCGAGCACCUCCAAGAGAGGCAGCGUGAUCGACCGGUAUCGAUCAUAUGGAGAGCUCGAAGAGACCACACUGGAUGAGGAAGAUGAGCGUCUCUUCGAGAGUGCACGACAAUUGGAGUUUGGCGACUGGAACGUAAGUUGA